UUUAAUUCUGCAAAUAAAGCCGCUGCGGUCGACUUCCACGUCCCCAAUAAAUUUCUUUUUCCCUCCCGGCGAUACCGAUUCUCGUGCUACGCGACGGCGGAAUCGAACGCAGCGGAGAUCUGAGAGCGAAGGAUUUCCACUUCGAGCCUGUAAAAAAACAAUGCAAGGAAAGUCCACUUUGAACCCUUUUGCUACACCGUAUGUACCUAUCUUGCAAAUUCAGUCUGAAACAAGAGUUGAGGCUUCAGAGGAAACAACUGGUCCUCCUGGAAAUAAUGAGGCUACCGAGAAGUCUUUAGAACCUCAGCUUUUGGAGUCCUUCUACUAUGACAUCCAGAGCUUUGGAAAACUUGAUAUCUCUGGUGAAUCAUCCUCAAAAUUUGACCAGCACCUUGAUGACACCUUUUCAGAUGAGCUCAGUCAAUUGGUCAAUUCCAGUGCGAUACUUGAGUGUCUUUCAUCAAUGUUUCCAGAUAUCUCUUUGGACUAUCUUGCCGAUUUGCUUACUAUAAACCAAGGCGAUUUCAACGAUACAAUUGAUGCUCUGCAGCAGCUUGAGAGCGAUGUUGAUGGAACCGAGUAUCCAACUGAGCCUGCCGUGGCUUAUGACAGUUAUGAUCUUGCCCGUCAAAAAGGAAGCUCAAGCGGCACAAGUGAUUCAACUUGAUGAGAAUUCGAUGCUCUUAAUCGUCUUGCCCUUCAAUUUUGCUUCAUCUGAGAUACUUCUCGAUCUUAAAGCUUGAUUGAAAAUGUUAUUACCAUUCACAUGUCCACACAACUGCACAGUGCCAAUGCAUGGUUUGUCUUCUGGAAACAAAGCACUAGUUGUUAGCUAGGUGGUUGUACAGUUUUAUUUCCUGCUUGUCAUGGAUCAUGUUUUUGUUUAGAUGGGUUACCGUGUUUGUGCUCUAGUGAAAUUUGAUCGAAAACAAAUGAUUGAAUUUUUUUUUUUUUUUGGGUGCGUUCUGUAUAGUGAUCUUCCGUGUAAUUGAGAAUAUGAACUCUUUAAUAGCUAAUUUGGGCGAAGUUCCAAAUUUAAUAACUAAUUGGAUGGAGUUUAAAAUUAAA